AUGGGUCUACCUACCAAAUCAAACGUGUGUACAUUAACCGUCGCUGAACCUGCACUGACCUAUAGGCACAUGCACAUCACACGCAAAUACAUAUUACAAUACGUCUCUGAGUCACAUGAUACAUUGCCGUUCCACCUCCGUUUCAUUAACACACGCGCACUCACUGGCGCUAUCGCAGAAUCGUUUGUGCUGUUGUGGAAGAAGACAGAGGAUGGGGAAGAGAAUAUUCUUGUGGAAAACAAAAAGAGCGAACUCAAGGAAAUGAAAUCGUUUAUGCGGGGUCGAAGUUCUUGAUCCAGAAAUCAAUCUCUUUCCCCCGAUUGACGAUGGUGGACUGUAUA